AUGCCUUCUACGCUCUUUCUCGUGGGCACCACGGUCCUCCUGCUGGCGGCCAUCUUGAUUCACGACGCGAGCAACAGGUCCAAAGUACCGGCCAACGCGAGACUGCCUCCGGGCCCAGAGGGCAGACCGAUCGUGGGCAACCUGUCGGACAUUCCGCCAAAACACUCAUGGUUGAGGUUCAAGGAAUGGGCCGACCAGUACGGGCCCAUCUAUCGGCUCGACAUCUUCGGCCGCAACCUCGUCAUUGUGUCGACCGAGAAGGUCGCCAAUGACCUGCUGCGGGAGCGCGGGAACAUCUACUCGUCGCGCGAACAAUUGCCCAUGGCUGCGCAGCUCAUCUCGGACGGCUUGAGGCCGUUGUUUUUGCCACACGGAGACUUGUGGCGACGAGGGCGCAAGGUGAUGCACAACAUGACGAUGCACGCGUCGGCGACGUCGUACCAGCCGGUUCAGAUCUACGAGUCGGAGCGGCUCCUCCACGACCUGAUCACGACGCCGGCCAAGUACGAGUCGAUCUUCGAACGGUACGCGGCCGCGGUGGUCCUGCGGUUGGUCUACGGCAAGACGGUCGACACGGGCGACGAGCAGUACGUGCGCGACAUCCUCAAGAUCGCCCACAACGUCGAGCGCGCGGCCUCGCCGGGCGUCUACCUCGUCGACACGUUCCCGAUCCUCAUGUGGCUGCCCGCCUGGCUCGCGCCGUUCAAACGGGAAGCGGCCCGGCUGCACGCCUUUGAACUCAAGACCUUCCGGGGCCUGCUGUUCGAAGUCCGCGACAAGAUGCGGGCGGGGAAAGCGCCGAAAUGCUUCUCGAGGUCCUUCCUCGAGAAACAGGCCGAGUACCACCUGUCGGACGACGAAGGCGCCUACGUGCUCGGCACCCUGUUCGAGGCCGGCGCGGGGACCACGGCCGCGGCCAUGAUGUCGUUUGCGCUGUGCAUGUGUCUCCAUCCCGCGUGGCAGCAGAGGAUGCAGGACGAGGUCGACCGCGUCGUCGGCGACGGUCGCAUGCCGGACUACAGUGACAUCCCGUCCUUGCCGACCUGUCGAGCCGUGAUCAAGGAAGUCCUGCGAUGGCGGCCCGUGACCGCGGGCGGCGUGCCGCACGAGCUGGUCAAGGACGACGUGUACAACGGCUUCUUCUUCCCUGCCGGCACGAACAUCCAUCCGAACCAGUGGGCAAUCCACCGCGAUCCAGAACUGUACCCCGAUCCGGAGACGUUCAACCCGGGCCGCUGGCUCUCGCCCAAGUACCCGACCUACCGUGAGCCGCUCGACAAGUACCCCAACCUGCAGAACUACUCGUCCUUCGGGUUCGGCCGACGCAUCUGUCCCGGCAUGAACAUCGCCGAGAACUCGCUGCACCUGCUGACGGCGAGGAUUGCGUGGGCGGCGCACAUCUCCAAGAGGCCCGGCGUCGAGGUUCCACUGUACGACUAUACCGUCGGGUUCAACGUGCAGCCGCGGCCGUUUGUGUUCGAUCUGGAGGCGCGUAGUGAGGCGAGGAAGACGUUGAUCGACACGACGUGGGAGGCCGGCAAGACGAGGAACCCGCUCGACGAGGUGAAGACGUUGUAG